AUGUGGGUAAACAAGUUUCAGCUCAGAGUACAAUUUCUAUAUUUUAUUAUAACUACUGCACUAGGUGAAAGACAGGAUGCACGCUCUACAAUCUCCAACGAGGUGGGAAAUGACAACAUUCUACAUGAUGCCAAUGGUCAGAAGCCAAUGCGAGAAGAGGCUCAUCUGAAUGACUGGAGGCUCCCUCAGCUCGAUAAAGGAGUUGCAGUUUUGGAUGUAACAAAUAACCUGACCAAAGAACUCGGAUACUUCAUUCAAGUGGGCUUCGGCACUCCGGCUCAACGACGUCACGUACUUUUGGACACGUCGUCCCUAAGUACUUAUAUACUUUCUGUUGACUGCGAUUCGUGUGCUGCUGCUGAAGACAAUGAGAAGGGGUAUAAUUCAAGCAUGUCAUCCACUCACAAGGACAAUGGGACGUUGGUGGACUUAGACUAUCGGUUCUUACAGUCUUCUGGUCGUGCCUCACAGGAUUCAAUGAAUCUCGGACAGUUUGAGAUUCAAGACCAGUGGUUCCAGGAAUCACUACGUUCGCAAUGGAAAGGGGUCUCGUACGACGAUGUAUGGAUCAUUUAUGGCAUUCUGGGACUGGGGAACCCGCAUGCUGGCGGCGCAGCCAAGGGCUUCAGGUCUCCACUGAAGAAUGCCGCCAUCCAAGGCCAUCUAAAGACCAAUAUCUAUGGAUUGAAGCUUGCUAACCCGGGGCAACUGAUGAUUGGAGAUGUUAACCAACAAUUGUUCCAUGGUCCUAUCAUCUGGUUCCCUCUUGAAAACACCACGACCAAAGUUAUCCUACCAGAGGCCUGGCAGACACACUCGGACUCAGGAGGAGUGAAGUUCGAGUUGCCAAGUGGGGAGUAUCGUGAAUGGCCACUGGAUAACCAUACGGUUCUAUUCACUACUGCUUGGCCUUAUAUCUACCUCGAUUCGUACACUGGGUCAUAUUUAAUGGAAGCUCUUGGCUUUGAUUUCGACCAAUUCAUGCUGCCACCGAAUGUGCCUUGUGCGGAACGAAUAUAUAUGCCUGACGUAUCUCUCACAAUCGCCGGGCAUACCUUUAUCCUUUCACCUUACGAUUACACAAUUGAGUGGAAGUGGCCUGGCUACCCGAUGACAUGUGUCUCAGCUUUCUCCCUCUUUGAUCCGGAAGAGGACGACGAUCCUAAGCAGAUCAUCCUUGGUUCCGCAUUCUUGAGAAAAUAUUACAGCAUGUAUGAUUACGAUGCAAAGGCUGUCGGCUUCGCGGCUCUAGUAUAA